GUGUGCUGAUAACGAUUGGAGAUCAGGACAUCGACUUGUCGCCAGCGUUCCAGAUAUUCCUCAUCACUAGAGAUGCAUCUGUUGAGUUCACUCCGGAUGUAUGCUCUCGAGUGACAUUUGUCAACUUCACAGUAACGUCUUCUAGUCUUGCCAGCCAGUGUUUGAACCAAGUGUUGCGAAGCGAACGACCGGACGUGGACAAGAAGCGCAGUGAUCUGUUGAAACUGCAGGGUGAAUUUGCUGUGCGUCUUCGUCAGCUUGAGAAAGCGCUCCUGGCAGCGUUGAAUGAGAGCAAGGGUAAGAUACUGGACGACAACUCUGUCAUCGGCACUCUCGAAAAGUUGAAGAACGAAGCAUCAGAAGUUGCGAAGAAGGCAGCCGAGACCGACAAAGUCAUGGCUGAAGUGGAAGCAGUUUCGGCCCAGUAUCAACGCUUGGCCCAAGCCUGCGCUCAGAUCUACCAUACGUUGCAGCAGUUGAACGAGGUACACUUCCUGUACCACUACUCGCUGGACUUCCUUCUGGACAUCUUCACCUGUGUGUUGAAGUCACCUGAAUUGGUUCAAACUCAGGAUCACAUGCAGCGCCUAAACAUCAUAACAGCAAAUUUGUUCCAGACAGUUUACCGCCGUGUGUCUCGCGGUAUGAUGCAUGCAGACAAGGUGUUAUUGGCCCUGUUACUCAUGCGAAUUUCUCUACGCUCCGUGGGUGGCGAACCAUCGUACGACGCGCAAUGGGAUCUCCUGCUUGGACGCAGUGAAUUGUUCGCAUCGAAGACGGCUCAUCAAUCACCACCUACUGCUCUUCCGUACCUUACUUCUCAGCACAUGGGAGCGUUGAAUAAGGCACAGAAGCUGCCUGGCUUCGAAAAUAUCAUUGAUAUCAUGUGCUCGCAGUCGGAUCAGGUCAAGCAGUGGAUGGCAAUGGAUAAUCCGGAAGCAGCAGUGCCAGUGCUGUGGGAGGAUCCAGAGCAGAAAUUGACUAGCAUUGGUGUGGCGAUGAACCAAUUGAUCGUGGUGCAUUGUCUGAGAUCUGAUCGUCUGAUGGCUAGCGCUCAUCGUCUAGUAACAGCAGCUUUCGGUGAAGGUUUCAUGCAACAAGAUAAGGUCAUCGAUCUGCAUGAUAUCAUUGAUAACGAGGUGUCUUCAUCUGAUCCUGUACUAUUGUGCUCUGCAACGGGUUAUGAUGCUUCGGGUAAGAUUGAAGAUCUCGGAGUCCAAACGGGUCGACCUGUAACCUCGAUUGCAAUCGGUUCGUCAGAAGGAUUCAGCCAAGCUGAUGCGGUAAGCACUCACAGCCGCGUCCAAGUCCGGACGUUGGGUAUGCUCAAGAACGUUCAUCUGGCACCACAGUGGCUUGGUAACAUGGAGAAACGUCUGCAUACGCUCAAGCCGCAUGCGAACUUCCGCCUGUUCCUCACCGCUGAGAUUCAUCCCAAACUGCCUACAUCAAUUCUCAGAGCUUCUCGUCUGGUUGUGUUCGAGCCAGCCACUGGACUCAAGGCAAAUCUUCUUCGGUCACUGGCAACUCUACCAGCCACUCGCCUUGCCAAAGCUCCAGCUGAGCGCAGUCGUCUGUACUUGCUCAUCUGUUGGCUCCAUGCUCUGGUGCAGGAACGAUUGAGAUACACCCCUCUUGGAUGGGCCAAUGCGUACGAGUUCUCUGACGCAGAUUUGCGGGUUGCGUGUGAUACGCUUGAUGCAGCUGUUGAUGUUGUAGCGCAAGGUCGUGCCAAUGUAGCACCUGAAAAGCUCCCAUGGACCACUUUAAGGACCCUGCUCAGUCAGUGCAUUUACGGAGGAAAAAUUGACAAUAAUUUCGAUCAGGUGUUGCUCGACUGCAUCCUGGAAAGGCUGUUCACUGCGAAGAGCUUCGAGCCAGAACAUGUACUUGUCAGCAAAUUCGAUGGUGACACUCCACUCACCACUCCGGAUGCCACGCAACGUGACCAACUUCUAGCCUGGGUUGAAGGAAUUAAGAGUCAGCAGCUCCCUGCCUGGCUAGGUCUGCCAAAUAAUGCUGAAAAAGUACUGCUCACAUUGAGAGGCGAAACAAUGCUGAGAAACCUUCUGAAAGUGUCUGACGAUGAGCUGGCGUUCGCUGGUGACGGCGAGAAAGAAGCGAAGCCACAGUGGAUGGCGCAAUUGGGAGAGUUAGCUCAGCAAUGGUUGAAACUCUUGCCCAAGGACAUGGUGAGAAUGAAACGUACCGUUGAGAACAUCAAAGAUCCGCUGUUCCGUUUCUUCGAACGUGAAAUCAAUUUGGGAGCACAAUUGCUGCGCGAUAUCCGCCACGAUCUUGAUGAAAUUCUCUCCGUGUGUCGCGCCGAGCGUAAGCAGAGCAACGAGACGCGAGCGCUUGCAUCAGCGUUGCAGAAAGGAGUGGUACCAACAAACUGGCAACGUUACACUGUACCGAGAGAUGUAACCGUUAUGGACUGGGUUGUUGAUUUCAACGAACGUGUCAAGCAACUCAUACGAAUCGGAGCUAGUGAUAAUCUGAAGCGCGAAGAAGUGUGGCUGGGAGGAACGUUCUCUCCGGAAGCCUAUGUGACCGCCACUAGGCAACAAGUUGCUCAAGCGAAUACCUGGUCACUUGAGCAGCUUCAUUUACAUGUGAUGAUUGGAAGAACAGACCGGUUGGAUGUUGUCCGUUUGACUGGUAUGGAGCUUCGUGGAGCGGAAAGCACUGGUGGGAACGCGCUACGUCUGUCGGACGAGGUGAAGACGGCAUGCGAUUGUGUCGAGUUCUCGUGGAAACAGUGA